UCGCCGUACCUCGACCAGUCCACUCUCUUAUCUUUUUACUGUCUCUAGCUAGUAGCAGUCACAGGAAGAAGCUCGAGCCCCCUUGAAUUGAAUUAAGUUAGCGGCUUGAGAGCCCUCUAUGCAGCUAAGUUAACGUUUCAAAAUCUCUAAUUAUAUAAUUGUCUACAUACGUUUAACUAACUCUGAUCGGUGAAGUGUCAUAACGUGCGUGUCUGUCUUGUCUCUGUCCUAGUUGUAUUACGACGAGGAUUUAGCUAGUUGGGGUAUGGUUUUGGCUAGUUAAGUUAUAGCGUUAGAGUCAUUAUACACGUUUAGAUUAGCUUAAUCAACAGGAUUUGGAAACAGCAACAGCCUAUCAGCAAGUGGCAAUUGUAUCAACCUUUGAUGAUGCAUAACUAGGAUGGGGCCUCUGUUAGUGUUGUGGCUGGCUGUCUUCCUCAGUGGGACCUGGGCGGUGGACCGUGGGAACUUCAAAACCUGUGACCAGAGUGCCUUCUGCAAGCGUCAGCGAGCGUUGAAGCCUGGCCAGUCCCCGUACAGAGCCCUGCUGGAGACCCUGGAGCUCACCAACACUAAACUCACACUGCAGCUCAUCAAUGACAACAACAAGGUGCGUCUGCUGCUCGAGCUCUAUCGUCUCCAGGGCAACAUGACCAGGGUGAAGAUAAAUGAGUUGAAGCCGCUUAAGCCUCGCUUUGAGGUCCCUGAUGUGCUCAUCAACAACCCUCCUACAGAGCCUCUGUCUCUCCUGUCGCAGGAUGAGAAUGGGGUGGUUCUGUCUUUGGGGGCAGACUCUCAGUGGCUGAUCGUCAGUGCUAAACCGUUCCGAUUGGACAUCAUGGAGGGGCGGGAGGUUCUUCUGUCACUUAACUCCCGUGGUCUGCUGGCCUUCGAGCACCUCCGGAUCCGCAAGGAUACUCAGGUAGACCCAGAAGGAGCUGAGAAGAAAGAAGAAACUGAUGCUGCCAACGAACAGGCAGAAGGAGAGACUGCAAAGGAGGAUGGAAUGUGGGAGGAGACGUUCAAGUCGCACACAGACAACAAACCCAAUGGCCCUUCCUCCAUUAGUCUGGACUUCUCUCUGCCAGGGGUAGAGCAUGUCUAUGGCAUCCCGGAACACGCAGACAGUCUUAAACUCAAAACCACUGAUGGAGGGGAUCCAUACCGGCUGUUUAACCUAGACGUGUUCCAGUAUGAGCUGUUCAACCCCAUGGCCCUGUACGGUGCCAUCCCUGUCAUGCUGUCUCACAGUGCACAACGCACCAUGGGCAUCUUCUGGCUCAACGCUGCUGAGACCUGGGUGGACAUCAGCUCUAACACUGCUGGAAAGACUGUGUUUGGCCAGAUGCUAGACUAUGUUCAGGGCUCCAGUGAGACGCCACAGACAGACGUGCGUUGGAUCUCAGAGAGCGGCAUCAUUGACGUCUUCAUCAUGCUGGGACCCACUCCCACUGAUGUCUUCUCCCAGUACGCAUCACUCACAGGUACCCAGGCCUUCCCUCCCCUGUCUGCACUGGCCUACCACCAGUGCCGCUGGAACUACAAUGACCAGGAGGAUGUGGCGGCUGUGGACCAGGGCUUCGAUGAGCACGACAUCCCCUACGACUUUAUCUGGCUGGACAUAGAGCACACGGACGGCAAGCGCUACUUCACCUGGGACCCUCACAAGUUCCCCCAGCCAAAAGACAUGCUGCAGGGCCUGAUGGACAAGAGACGCAAGAUGGUGACCAUUGUGGACCCCCACAUCAAGGUGGACAGCAGCUACAAGAUCCACAAUGAGAUCCGCUCCAAAGGCUUCUACGUCAAAAACAAAGAUGGUGGAGACUACGAGGGCUGGUGCUGGCCUGGUAAUUCUGGUUACCCAGACUUUACCAAUCCUGAGAUGAGAGCUUGGUGGGCCAGUAUGUUUGCCUACGAUCAGUAUGAGGGAUCCAUGGAGAACAUGUAUACAUGGAACGACAUGAACGAGCCGUCAGUGUUUAAUGGACCAGAGGUCACCAUGCAUAAAGACGCCCUGCACGGGAACUGGGAGAACCGUGACCUCCACAACCUCUACGGACUCUAUGUGCAAAUGGCCACAGCAGAGGGUCUGAUUGAGCGUUCAGGGGGAGUGGAGAGGCCAUUUGUCCUGACCAGAGCCUUCUUCGCUGGCUCCCAGCGCUACGGUGCUGUGUGGACAGGUGAUAACACUGCUGAGUGGGAACAUCUGAAGAUCUCCAUCCCCAUGUGUCUCAGUCUGGGCCUGGUUGGUGUUUCUUUCUGUGGAGCUGAUGUGGGUGGUUUCUUCAAGUCUCCCAGUACUGAGCUCCUGGUGCGUUGGUACCAGACAGGGGCUUACCAGCCCUUCUUCCGGGCCCAUGCCCAUCUGGACACCCCACGCAGGGAGCCUUGGCUGUUUGGCCCAGAGAACACUGCUCUGAUCAGGGAGGCUGUCCGCCAGCGUUACGCCCUCCUGCCCUACUGGUACCAGCUGUUCUACCACGCCCACCACUCUGGCCAGCCCGUCAUGAGACCUCUGUGGGUGGAGUAUCCUCAGGAUACGGCCACGUUCUCCAUGGAUGACCAGUUCCUGCUUGGGAGAGAUCUGCUGGUGCACCCUGUGACUGAGGAGGGGGGCAGGGGUGUUACUGCCUACCUGCCUGGAAAAGGAGAGGUCUGGUUUGACGUCCACACGUUCCAGAAACACAACGGAGCCCAGAACCUCUACAUCCCUGUCACCAUCAGCUCUAUUCCGGUAUUCCAGCGCGGUGGUUCAAUUAUUCCCAGGAAGGCCCGGGUUCGAAGGUCAUCAUCCUGCAUGGAACAUGACCCCUACACCUUAUUUGUUGCGCUUAGCCCCAAGAGAUUUGCCCAGGGCGAGCUCUACAUAGACGACGGCCACACCUUUAACUUUGACAAACAGAAGCAGUUCAUUCACAGAAGACUUUCCUUUGCCAAUAAGGCCCUGUCCUCCAGAAACCUGGCCCCUGGUUCACAGUUUAUCACUCCCUCCUGGAUUGAGAAGAUAGUCAUAUUGGGGGCCAGUAAGCCCAGCAAGGCCACUCUGAAGACUCCUGAUGGCAAGGAGAAUCUGCUGGAGUUUGAGUUUGAUGCCUCGAUGUCGGUGUUAACCCUUCGUAAGCCAGGCGUCAACGCAGGGGUGGACUGGACUGUGGUGCUUCAGUAACCAUGGAGAUGAGAAAUGGAGGGGUGGGGGUGCUGAACCUGACUGAACAGGAAAGGAUGAGAGAGAUGGAGGAACUGAGUGGACAUGGGCUGCAAUCGUAACGCACCAAGCAAGAUAUUGGAACGAUUGCUCUGUGGUACUCAGACUGGACAGGUGAUACAGGACUAUUCUCUCUCUCUCUCUCUCACACACACACACACACAUACACACACUGUCAUAACAAUUUUGUACACACAAACACACGUGGACAGGGAUUUGCUCUGUAGAUCUGAACUGGUUACUAGGUAGAUUGUUCUUUGUUAGUGGCAUUUAGGGCAAAAUUCUUCAAUUCAAAUCAAGGUAUCAUUGUCGUUAAUGUUUUGGGAGUACUCAGACGUUCAAGACUGAUGGAUGAUUAUUUUAGGUUUUCCAUCAAGUAUGCUAUAGAUGGAAAAGAUCAUUGAAUAAGUUUGCUGACAACAAAAUUAAGACACUCAUUCAGACUAGUUAGUAUCUGUUUAAUUCCAUAUCUGGCCAUCUCUUAUAACUUUAAAUUCUUAUAUUUUUCAUGUUUUUAUUCCAUUACAUAUUCCCCCUGAAAUUACUGAAGAGAAAUUGACAGGAAAGCCAAACCGCUCCCUUUGCUUUCAGCUUAUAUGCCACAUUCUAUUCAGGUUUUAUUAGGGGGGGGGGGGGUAGAAACUCUCCACCAAUCAAGAAUGCUGCACUGAUCAAGAUCUGUAAAUGUCAUGUGCAUCUCUAAUUUCCAUAAGGUGUAUUGAGUCUUAUCUCUGAUAUUCCUAAUUUAAGGUUAGUCAUUCCUUCUUAUUUUGCCCCUAAUUUAGUUUCUGACAAGAAUGUGCGCGCUUACCUCAGUCAUUAUUAUGCCAUUUUAAAAAAUGUGCUGGAGAAAAGACACAAAGUAUGUUCGACUGAACUAAUGAAUGGCGAGGAUUUGGCUUUAUAAAUUGGGUCAUAUUUGGGAAUUAUUCUAAAACCACUUGACUUGGUGGAUGCUCAUCCUAAUAGCAGUUAGGGCCAUGCAUUGGGAUUAGAUUGUCAGUUGGGGUACAGGGUCAUGGUCCACUGUCUUCAGAGUGUCAUAUGCUCUUUAUAGUGUUGAUUUAAUAGUCUAAAUGUGACUUAGGAAAGAUGUGUUUACUAAGAUGCAGUGAGCUCUCUGGAGACAAGUGACCGGUCCUGGUUGGUCAAAGCAUCGUUAAGCGGUUGUAUUCCCUACUGUCGUUGGUAAUCAAGCAUUUUGAAGAGUUUUUCUUCAUUAUUUUGUGGUUGAAUUCAAAAACUUACUGCAGCAUUCUCAGGAUGAGUGUUGGAACUGGGAACCAAGGAGGCCAGCUGUAUGUGAUAAGAUGAAGGACCAAGUGAAAAUAAACCUGACCAAAUGUGAGAGGA